GCACCACUUCCCAGCAAACCAACUAACGUGCCUUUUGCGAGAGUUCCGCAAAAUGCUCGCAAACGAGCUCGCUAGCGAGCUUGUGUACGAGCGACAUGGUUUUGUGUCGCAAAACGCUCGCAAACGAGCUCGCAAGUGAGCCAAAAAUGAGCUCUACUUCUUGUGUCGCAAAACGCUCGCAAACGAGCUCGCUAGCGGGAGUUUUACAAUAGAAAACUGCUCUUUUUACAUGUGUCGAGCAUUAGAAACAAGUGCUUAUAAAGCGAGCGUUCCUGCGCCGUCAUUUCAAUUAUUUUUGUCGAACUGUGCAGUGCUAAGUUGAAAAUCUCUACCAUCUCUUACGCAAUUAAAAGAAAUUUCUGCCAAUCGGUAAGUACAUUAUUAAUAAAAGAAAUAAAAUGUCUUACAAAAGAAAAAGCCGAACAUAUAUCGGAGAGGCUCGACACGUGCAAAGAGCUACUGGAGAAUUUGAGGUUAAAUUGAACAAUUUUAAUUUUGAGGAAAUGGGAGCAGAAAAUACUCAAAUAACAGACAUAUCUAAUACGGCUCCAAAUAAUCGGUCCAAUAAUUAUGAUAUAUUAAACCACCUAAAAAAAAUAAUCGAAAACCAGCAGGACAUCAACAAAAAAAUUGAAACCAUUAUUGGUAAAGUUGAUCGACAGGGGGCGGAACUUAUUUCGUUGCGUAAUGAAGUCGCGUCAAUUAAGGCUCGAGUGUGCGGAGAGCCUAACAUCGUAAAAUUGACAGUACCACGUUCACCACUGGCCAGUCUAGAAGGCUUUGAAUCAUUUGAAGAUUCUCUUAAUAACUUGAUCAAGGACUUAAUCGCUAUCAAUGAAAAAACGUUUGAUAAGUUUAUAAGGAGCUCCUGGCGACAGAUUAUAAGCGAUGAUGUGGCGAAGUUUUUCUCCUGGCGUGGGACAGAUUCCAAAAAGUGUGUAAGAGGACUUCGAACCACUUUAGCACUACGACAUGCAUUUAAACAGAAGUUUGCGCUCGACGAUCAGGAUUUUGACCAUACGACUCAAAAACAUUUCCAGUAUGCUCAGGAACGGAAGGCUGGAUUAGAAAAAAGUGAUGCAAAAAAACUUAAAUUUUAGUACAUAGUUCAUACAUAUUACAUACAUAU